AUGCCUUCCACCACCUCAAACACGUCGCCUGCAACGUCCGCAGCAGCAGCAAAUCCCCAUCCCGACAUCCCGCCCUUCCCGUCGCCCUCGACCUUCUCGAUCCUCCCUGACAUCUGGCUCCUGAUCGCGCGACUGAAUAUCCUGCACCAACAGCAGCAGCAGUCACAAGCUCAGACAAACGGGCAUAACGGAGUCCACCCCUACCCUCAACAAUCACAGCAACAGCCAUCGUCACAGCAAGGAGGACAACAGCCUACGUCGCAGCCGAGCCAAGUCCUACACCAACAACCACACCAACCGCCCUCAGCCGGCCCAGGCCCAAGCACAGUCGUAUCCGCAGGUCCGACCACAGCACCCAUCCUCAACGGCGCCGCACUGCUCGACCCCAAAGACCUGCCCGCGCAAAUCUACCCUUUAAAGCAGCGCCUCGCCACAGCGCGAGAGGCCGUGAGCGCCCUGCCGGACGUGGACAGGACGGUGGCCGAGCAGGACGACGAGAUCCGCAUGUUGCAGGGCGUGGUGAGGGGGUUGAAGGGCCGGUUGGUCCACUUGGCGCGGAUUGCUGCAGCACAGGGGAACGGGGGCCUGAGUCAGGAAAGGGAGAGGGAGGGGGAUGUGGAUGUGGAGAUGGAGGAUGAUAAGAAAGAAGAAGAAGAAGAAGAAGCGGAGGAACAGGAAGAGGAAGACGGGUGA